GAUGAUACAGUGACAAUGUAACGCGGUCUAAGAAAAAGACAGUUAAUAAAUUAGGUGGAUAGGUUUGAAAAACUCCCACCAUCCCUUUGACCACUACCCCCAAUCCCCACCCCAUUUAUCAAUCCGUCAACCCCCCGCCGCAACGCAAUCCUAACCCAUCCGAUCAUCCACCCUCUCCAAAAUCCAAAUCUGACUUCUUCAUUUGCUAUUAACUUUUACAAAUCUUCACAUAAUUUUGUAGUAUAUCUUCACCUCACCUAGAAGUUGAUAAUUAUCAUUUAUAAACCUUCACCCACUAAGAAAGAAAGAAGAACGUUGCGUACAAAUGGAGGUCAAACGGCGAACCACAAAGUCGCUAGUGGCGAAAUUAAGCUCGGUAUCAGAACAGACUCGAACCGAAUCGCUAUGCGAGCUGCGCCUCAUAUCCAAAAACGAUCCGGAAAGCCGAGCCUUAAUCGCCGAAUCAGGUGCGAUUCCAUACCUCUCCGAGAUUCUCUACUCACCAUCAGCAAUCGCACAGGAGAACGCCACCGCAACGCUGCUAAACAUCUCGAUCUCUUCUCGUGAACCGUUGAUGUCCACGCGCGGGUUGCUUGACGCGUUGUCUCACGCGCUCCGGAACCCGGAGUCUCCAUCCACUGCACAGGCGGCUGCUGCUACGAUAUUUAGUCUCUUGACGGUUGAUAGUUACCGGCCGAUUAUUGGUUCGAAGAGGGAUAUAUUGUAUGCGCUUGUGGAUAUUAUUCGGAACCCUAAUUCGCAUCCGAGAUCGGUUAAGGAUGCGCUGAAAGCUUUGUUUGGGAUUUCGUUGUAUCCAUUGAAUCGCGCUACGGUGAUUGAGUUAGGCGCGGUUCCGGCAUUGUUUUCGCUUGUGGUGAAGGAUGGGCGGGUUGGGAUUGUGGAGGAUGCGACUGCGGUGAUCGCGCAGCUUGCAGGGUGUGAGGAGGCUGGAGAUGCGUUUAGGAAAGUUUCUGGGGUUGGAGUGUUGGUGGAUUUGCUAGAUUUAUCGACAGGGUCGAGUGGUAGGACAAAAGAGAAUGCGGUUUCGGGUUUGUUGAACAUGGUGCAGUGUGGGAAGAAAGAUGUUGGUGAGUACGUUAAAGAGAUGGCUUCCGUUGUCCGUAAUGGCAUUUCUGAUGUUGCAGAGAACGGAAGCUCGAAAGGGAAGAAGAAAGCUCAAGAACUGUUGAAAUUGAUUGACAGUAGUUCAGGAAUGAGUGAGUAUCAAGAGAUGCAACUUGAAAAUGCAAUUGCACAAUCUUCUUGAAUCUUUUUGAUCAACUGUUGCUACUUUUGUGGUCUAAUAUACAUAUACAAUCUGUGGGUAAUAUUACAAGCAAUUUGUAAGCUAACUCUUGUCGCGAUUAGUAUGGUGUUCUUGAUGCAGAACUCAAUGGCCCUUUUUGUUUCUUCAUCACCUGUAUUCAAUGUCCUAUUGUAUUUCUGUAAGUAUUCAUAACCCUUUAGUUUAUACUUUCAUUUUCCACUGUAAAGUUUGCUACUUUAUAUAAGAUCAUAAUUCAUCUUAC